CGUUAUUUAGGGAACGUGCGUCCAUCCCGCCACCAGAGCUCGCGCGUGAGCAACAACUGACCAAAACACGCCGCUCGCAUGCGCGUGCGCGCUCUCUCGUCAACCACGUGCUGUUUGUUCGAUGUCCGGACGAAAAUGAUGCGGAAGAAAAACACAAACUUCCCGUUUUGGAGAGAGUGAAGCGGCUCGUGAGAAAGUUUAUGAAAGAGAGCGAUGCGACCGAUAAUAGACGCACGCGCACAUACGCACGGUCCUUCCUCUCCAGGUCUGCUCUGAUUGGUCCAUCGGUGUGUCUGUUAUCCGCGCGGGAGGCGGAGGCUGACCUAGAGUCUGAUCCAGGCUGCUUUACGCACAGACCGGACAGUCCACGCACGGAUUUCCACGGCGAGACUUUGUCCCGGAUUGGAACAGUUGAGAAGAAGAGAAGGAACGGAAUAAAAGAGGAAGAGGAAAAGUGAGUGGAAAAGUAAAAGGAAAGCAGAGGAACAAGUGGUUUCCAGCUGGAAACUGUCCCACACAUCCCACUUCCAGCUCCUCCAUGUCGCUCACCGGCUCUCCUACGCUGCUCUCCCCGAGCUCGGGGACGCAAACUCCCGUCGGGCUCUACCGCUCCGCCCCGGAGGCGCUCCACACCUCCUCCGCCGUGUCCACCAGCACCUCCAGCCCGGCGCACAUCAACUCCAACUCCCACUCCCACUCGCUGUCCCCGUCCCCGCGGCUCACCAGCAGCAUGCUGAGCGCCUUCCUGCCCGGACCGGGCGGCGCCCUGGGCUCCCUCGGCGGGCUCGGCUCCCUGAGCGGCCUGACCCCCGGCUCCCCGGGCUUGGUGCAGACCUCCUCCGGCGCGGGUCUGUGCAGCGAGUGCAAGCUGGUGGAGGUGCACGGCGUGAAGGUGGCCAGCUUCAACGUGGACGGGCAGGAGCUGAUCUGCCUGCCGCAGGUGUUCGACCUCUUCCUGAAGCACCUGGUGGGCGGGCUGCACACCGUCUACACCAAGCUGAAGAGGCUGGACAUCACGCCCGUGGUGUGCACCGUGGAGCAGGUGCGCGUCCUGCGGGGGCUCGGCGCCAUUCAGCCCGGCGUGAACCGCUGCAAGCUCAUCUCCAGGAAGGACUUCGAGACGCUGUACCAGGACUGCACCAGCGCCAGCUCCCGCCCCGGCCGUCCUCCCAAGCGUUGCUCCAAUGCUGGGAUGCAGGAAAGCCCCCGGCUGCUGCACCCAGGGCUCCCCGGCCUGUUGUCCCCCAACCUGUUGUCCCACACCGGACUGACCGCGGCCGCCAUGGCUGAGCUCCAGAAGCUGCAGAAGAUGAAGAUGAUGAUGAGUCUCCAGAACGGCAACGAGUCCGACAACGACGACCUGCACUCCAACACAGGAGGGAGUGAGUGUUCCUGGGAUAAAGAGCGCCUGACCAGCCCCCCUGCUGGAGCCCACAGCGGAGGAGGAGGCGGCGGCGGCGCCCCGGCGGUGGGAGGAGGAGCAGCAGCAGGAGGAGGAGGAGGAGGAGGUGCAGCGGGAGGUCCUGGGAGGGGGUCCGCCUUGGGAGCUGUCAGUCAGCAGCAGCUCCAGCAGCAGCAGCUACUGGCUAACAGGUUGGACCUGCCGUUCAUGAUGAUGCCCCACCCUCUGCUGCCCAUGGGGCUGCCGCCUGCAUCCGUGGCCAUGGCCAUGUCCCAGAUGAACCACCUUAGCACCAUCGCAAACAUGGCCGCCGCCGCACAGCAGAUACACACACACGUUCACCGCGCACCUGUCAUCAAGGAAAGAGUGUGUGACAGCCCCUCUCUGUCUCCAUCUGUUGAUGAAACCAAUACUCCUCUGCAGUCACAGCCCAGCAGCUCAGCCUCCAGCUCGCCUGAAAGACUGGGAUUGGUGUCGGGUGAUGCUGAUGUUGCACUGACCAACUCUGCUGCACCCAUCAAGAAAAUAACAAAGGACAAAGAAGAGUCUCCGUUGGGUCAGACCCUGCCUCCUGGAUUUCCUGCUCCGUUUCUGUUCGCCGACGGUCUGUCGUCGGUGGAGACUCUGCUCACCAACAUACAGGGCCUGCUGAAGGUGGCUGUGGAGAACGCCCGAGCGCAGGACAAACAAAUCCAGGCCGAGAAGAGGGAGCUGAAAAUGGAGCUCUACAGAGAACGAGAGAUGCGCGAGAGUCUGGAACGACAGCUCAACUCCGAGCUACAGAGCAGAGCUUCCAUCCAGAAACGACUGAAGAAGGAGAAGAAGGCGAAGAGAAAGCUACAGGAGGCGCUGGAGUUCGAGUCCAAGAGGAGGGAGAGAGUUGAGGAUGCUCUCAAACACUCGUCCUCUUCCUCCCCGUCUCCUGAGCCGCUGCACGCCGCCAACAACAACUCCAAGAACGACUCUGCUGUAGCCGAGGACAAACCUGAACUUAAUGGAAACCAGCAAGACAACGGCGCUGUACAAGAGUCCCGGGCGUUCCUGAAGACCCCCAUGAUGUUCUAGAUUGAAGAACAAUCCUUCCUUCUCUUCCUGUACAAACUCCACCAGCCCGUUUCCACGACAACCUUGACAUCCACUGGAUUACAUCACGGCGAACGCAAACCCCAAACGUUUUCUGUUCUUUUCCACACGGAUACAAAACAAUGAGACUACUAAGAGACACACUGGACUUGUUUUGGGGUUCUCUUUGCUUCCUCUUUUUAGACAAACCUUCCUGCACUCAUUCCUGUUUUUCUGAAUUCAUUCCAAAACCUUUUUCCUCCCAGAACCUGACGGAUACGUCGUCAUUCCUGAGAAAACGGAACAGGACCGAACACAACUCACGUUUGGAAAAGAAAAUAAGAGACGCAUCUGUGAUUGGUCAGACUGGAGGGAAACGGUCCAAUCAUGCGAUUUAAUCUGCAGGAGACUCUUCCUGAUUGGUCCUGACUUAUGGUUUUAUGGGAAAACAAUAUAUAAAGACUCAACCUCAGUGGCUGAUUGUUGGAUCGGCCAGUCAGAGGAGCGAAAUGAAAAGGAUUUAAGUAUAAAACGUUACGAGACAAAAACACUGAAGAAGAACUGGAGGAAAACAACAACUAAAAGAACGCAUGGGAAAGGAAAACGUCUGAUGGCUAAUUUUACACUUGGAACUCUUCAUCCUCUAAUAAAACUAUUUCUGCCCCUUUUUCUUUUCUCUUCACAUUAAACUACAGUACUGCUUCUC